CUCCAAAAACCCCAGCAACCUACUAUCUCAUUUCCAAGUUCCCAGCUGCGCGUAAUGAGCAGAAGGGGGUUUAAAUCCCUCCACUUUCUCUCACUCUCCUUAAUUUCAUCCCCAAGUAGAUCCAACCCCAUCUUCUCCUUUCACCCAUUUCCGGUAUACUCUGAUUCUUUCAGAGCUGCCCUCGCUAACAUCACUCUAUAUCGCCCAACGCUUUCCUCCUCCAUUGCCCACUUCUCCACUUCUCCGGACGAUCUGCAAGGAUUGGUUGAUCCGGACGAGUCGUUUCCGUCUGAGAGUUCGCGUGUCGAAUGCUUUUCGGCCCCAGAAGUCUCUUUGCUGCGUGAUUCUUUAUUGGAUUCUCAUGCCGACUCGCCUUCUUCAGAGCCGACGCUCAAGUCUGGUAAGAUUUCAAACGAUGCCAUUUCGAUUUUAGAUACAAUUUGUAAUAGUGAUGAUGGGUUCGGGGACAAAACCCAAAAAUUACUUAGGCAGUUUAGGCAGAAUUUGAAUCCGGAUUUGGUGGUUGAGAUUUUGGGUCUUUUGAGAAAUCCUGAAUUGUGUGUCAAAUUCUUUUUAUGGGCUGGUCGACAAAUUGGUUACAAUCAUACUGCGUCAGUGUACAAUGCGUUGUUAGAUGUUUGUGAAUGUGGUAGCUAUGAUCGAGUACCCGAGAAGUUUCUUCGAGAAAUUAAGGAUGAUGACAAAGAGGUGCUUGGGAAGUUGCUUAAUGUGUUGAUUAGGAAGUGUUGUCGAAAUGGGUUUUGGAAUGUAGCAUUGGAAGAGCUCGGGAGGCUUAAGGACUUUGGAUACAAGCCUACCCGGUUAACUUAUAAUGCUUUAAUUCAAGUCUUUCUUAGAGCAGAUAAGUUGGACACUGCUUAUUUGGUUCAUAGAGAAAUGUCAGAGUUAGGAUUCAAUAUGGAUGAGUUUACUCUUGGUCUUUUUGCUCAAGCUCUCUGCAAAGUGGGCAAAUGGAGAGAGGCCCUCUCGUUAAUUGAGAAAGAAGAUUUUGUCCCUAAUACGAUUCUUUAUACGAAGAUGAUAUCUGGACUGUGCGAUGCUUCGUUUUUUGAAGAAGCUAUGGAUUUUUUGAACAGGAUGCGGUCGAGUUCUUGCAUCCCUAAUGCUCGGACUUAUAAGAUCUUGCUUUGUGGCUGUUUGAAUAAAAAACAGUUGGGUCGAUGUAAGAGAAUUCUAAGCAUGAUGAUUGCAGAAGGCUGUUUCCCGAGUUAUACGAUAUUUAAUUCUCUUGUUCAUGCUUAUUGCAAAACAGGCGAUUUUUCGUAUGCUUAUAAGUUGCUUAAGAAAAUGGAAAAAUGUGAAUGCAAACCUGGCUAUGUGGUUUACAAUAUCUUAAUUGGCGGUAUCUGUAAUGGUAAAGAAUUACCUGGGCCAAUUACAUUUGAGUUGGCUGAGAAAGCGUACAACGAGAUGUGUUCUUCCGGAACUGUUCUAAAUAAAGUCAAUGUUGUAAGCUUUGCUCGAUGCCUUUGCGGCUUUGGGAAAUUUGAGAAAGCAUAUAAAGUAAUCCAUGAAAUGAUGGGUAAUGGUUUCAUUCCUGAUACAUCUACAUAUUCUGAAGUGAUAGGUUUUAUGUGCAAUGCCUCAAGGGUAGAAAAUGCCUUUUUGCUAUUUAAAGAAAUGAAAGGGGCUGGUAUGGUUCCUGAUGUUUAUACAUACACAAUUUUAAUUGAUUGUUUUUCGAAAGCUGGCCUCAUUCAACAAGCUCACAAUUGGCUAGACGAAAUGGUAAGAGAUGGCUGUGAACCUACUGUGGUGACUUAUACAACCCUCAUCCAUGCAUAUCUUAAGGCUAAGAAGGUUUCGGUCGCUAAUGAACUUUUUGAGGUAAUGAUAGCCAAGGGUUGUAUUCCUAAUGUUAUUACAUAUACAGCUUUAAUUGAUGGGUAUAGUAAAUCAGGGAAUAUAGAAAACGCUUGCCAGAUUUAUGCAAGAAUGAGAGGUGAUGCAGACAUUCCCGAUGUCGAUAUGUAUUUUAAAACAGAAAAUAACGUGUCUGAAAAGCCUAAUGUUGUUACGUAUGGAGCUUUGGUGGAUGGUUUAUGCAAGGCCCAUAAAGUCAAAGAUGCGUGUGACUUAUUGGAAACGAUGUUUUCGGAAGGCUGUGAACCAAACAACAUUGUAUAUGAUGCACUUAUUGACGGCUUUUGUAAGGCUGCAAAGUUGGAUGAAGCACAAGAGGUGUUUGUUAAGAUGGUAGAGCGUGGGUAUAACCCUAAUGUCUAUACUUAUAGCUCUCUUAUCGAUAGAUUGUUCAAGGAUAAGCGUCUAGAUCUUGUAUUGAAAGUGUUGUCCAAAAUGUUAGAGAAUUCUUGUGCUCCUAAUGUUGUUAUCUAUACAGAGAUGAUUGAUGGACUUUGUAAAGUGGCAAAGACAGAUGAAGCUUAUAAACUUAUGUUGAUGAUGGAAGAGAAGGGAUGUAAACCAAAUGUUGUGACCUACACUGCAAUGAUUGAUGGCUUUGGGAAAGCUGGUAAAGUUGACAAAUGCCUCGAGCUUUUCAGGGAAAUGGGCUCGAAAGGCUGUUCUCCAAAUUUUGUCACCUACACCGUGUUGAUCAACCAUUGCUGUGCUUCUGGCUGUUUAGAUGAGGCCUAUGCACUUUUGGAUGAAAUGAAACAAACAUACUGGCCGAAACAUGUAUCGAGCUACUGUAAGGUUGUUGAAGGCUAUAACCGGGAGUUCAUUCUCUCUCUCGGGAUCUUAGAGGAAGUGGAAAAGAAUGAUGCUACCCCAAUUAUUCUGCUGUACAGGGUUUUGAUUGAUAACUUUGUUAAGGCAGGAAGACUGGAAGUGGCACUGGAGCUCCACAAAGAGGUUAUAUCAGCUUCAAUGUCUAUGGCUGCUAAGAAAAAUAUGUACACAACUUUGAUUUACAGCUUUUCUAAGGCAAUGAAGAUUGAUCAGGCAUUCGAGUUAUAUAAUGAUAUGAUAAGACAGGGUGUUAUUCCAGAUCUUGGUACAUUUGUCCAUCUUAUUAUGGGGCUCGUCAAAGUUAGCAGGUGGGAAGAAGCACUCCAGUUGUCAGAUAGCAUAUGUCAAAUGGAUAUCAAUUGGUUGCAACGAGAAGACGCACCUUGAAGAGAUUUGUGCAGCUGUAUCUUUCUUUUUUCUUUUUUUUUUUUUUGGUUCUCUGCCCGUGGAUUAUAUGAAUGCCUACGAGAGUGUGCUCAAUAAUUCAGCAGUGGCAACCAUUUUGGAGUGUUCUACCAUGCACUCAAGAAAACCUUUGAAGUUGUUCGACCGAUGAAGAACUAUUGCAGCUAUGGACAGACUUGAUUCCUCUGAUAUUGCCUGUGAGUCGGAAGUUAAGUUGGACGGAAAUUUGUAGCUUUGCGUUAUUCGGGGUCUGGACUUUGGAGAAGGGAUUAUUUGAAGGAAUUGAACUGCCAACAGGAUGAUGAGCUUGUGCGCAUUGGAGCUGUUGCUGAUUUUCUGCAGUUGGUUUCCCCCCUGAGCCCUACGUUGAAAGGUUGUGAUUCAAAGGGCCAUUCUAAAAGAAAAUCUGGAGGAGGCAAAAUAGAAGAACAGAGGAUUUGCUCUGCUCCUUUAUUUGUUGAAUCAUGUUGGAAGAUAUGAUCUAUGCCCUGUGUUUCUCACUUUUCUUCUUAUUCAUUGAUUGAUUCAUAGGAGUUUCAUAUAUUUGAAAAGCCAAAAUUUAUAUAAGGCUAAUAAUACAAAUAGGCAGAGUCGGUGUGUACAAGAAAAUUGAGAUUCUGAUUAAUAAUCGAAUCCCUUAGUUUUAGCGUA